CGGCGAGGGCGGCGUGCGCGUCAGCCGGAAGCGCGGGUGCCGUUUCCGGUGCGGCGGCCGGUGAGGGCGCUGGGUCGGCGCCGAUUGAGCCAACAGACCAUCACCAAAGCACAGAAGAAGCUCGUGAACGUUAUUUCCAUACGUCAGGGCCAGUGUCGUAUUUCCCGUGGCUUGCUUUUGCAUCUGGCAGAGCUUUGUCACACAACAAGAGGAAGCCAUGGUGUGCAUUCCUUGUAUUGUCAUUCCGGUUCUCCUCUGGGUCUACAAGAAAUUCCUUGAACCGUAUAUUUAUCCUGUUAUCGCACCUUUCAUUAAGCGUGUAUGGCCCAAGAAAGCCGUGCAAGAAACAACAGCCACAAAACAAGGUCAAGGAGGCAGCGCGGGAAAUCCAUGGGCACCUUCAGCCACAAAAAGAGAUCAGGAGGAUGAAUCUGGAAUUUAUAAAUUUGAAAGCAAUGGCAUUGCAAAUGGAAUUGCCGCAAAGAGAUCCACAGAAAUUUCUGACAAGAAAACGGAUUAAAGGAAUUCAUUCAUAAGGAUUUUAUUCCCUUGUGUCCAAUAUGAACUGGUGAUAUUUCUCUCAUUUUGAGACUUUUUUUCUUUGCACAUUUUAGCUGAAUAAAACCCCUUACCACUUACAGGAGAGGGUCUCUUUUGCCACUAACACGGCAGCUAGCACAUUUCUUAAUUUGUUUGAAAACUGAAGUUCUUUAUUUUCCUCACUGGAGCUACUUUUCAUCUAUAAUCUGUUUGGUGUGAUUAGCAUUUAGGUUAAAUAACUUAUGAAUAAAUCUAGCUUUGGAAGGUAACUGUAUCUUAGCAUCUUAGUUUCACUAACUGCUAGUGCAAUACUUCAGGCUUUCACCUUAAAAACUAUAGCUGUUCUUGACCUUGCUAAAGAACUAUGAAUUGCAUUGUGGCAACAUAAGCGUCAUGGUUAAAUUAUGAAGAGUUUAGGUUUUUCCUGUCAAAUCUGUGGAUGAGCUAAAGGAGUUAUGCUAUAUGCAAAAUUUACUUAGCUUACUAAAAGCAGAAAUUCUUGAUUUGGUACUUCCAUUAAUUAUUUACCUUGAAACAUUGUGCCUUUCUUUCCUGAAGAGGAGCAGCAGGGGCAUGAUGCAAGAGAAUUGUUGCUUUAUAUUUGGUUGCAGUGGUUUAAAAUGGUGCCGUUCUGUCUUUAAAAGAAAAAAAAAAAUCCAACUAAAAUCUCUUUAACAUGUUUGUUAGGAAUUUCAGUUAUAAUAAACCAGGAUUUUAUUUAAAAAUCAGUUGCUUCAUACAAUUGUUCUUAGGCUUCUGAGCUGUAAACAUCCAAAGUGGUAACAAAAUCUUUGCAAACCUGUAGACACGCCCCAGGCAGAAGGAGGUCUUAAAACUACUGACUUCACCAUAAAGAAAGUGAACUUGACAAGUCCGGCUUUGCCUCCUCCUGGGAAGAUGCAUUCUUGGUACUGACUUCCAUCCCACCAUUGUAGUGCAACUGUGAAGCGAUGCAGAUGUCCCUGAGCUUACUAAGGAAUAGAAGUGGGAACUCCUGCUUUGUCCUCUCUGCCAAACCAGAGCGCUCUUUAAAAGAUUCAGACCAAAACCAUUUCAGCCACUUUGGAUUGCUAUUUAGGAUUUGUCAUUUUCCCAAAAGUCCUACCUAAGGUAUGCCUAAAAAGGCGUACCUUUUUAUAUAUGCAGUCCUUGAACCGUCACUGAUGUCCAGCCUUGUUCUUGUGACUGUGUUUUCUCCUAACAGGUAAUUAUUCUGAAGACUUGCUUGAUGCCCGCCAAAUGCCUCUGGUGAGGUGUAUGGUUUCCUACCGCUACCCGGUUUUGUCAGGUCAUGUGUGAAUUGAUCUGCAACGUUCACAGCUGGAUAUUGGGCCCUUGUUGCUGCAGCUGUUACUUCUGUAAUGAAUUGAAUCACAGAAAACUCCUUGUAAGACAUUGCCUUAUACUGUUGGCUCUCCCUUAAUGAGCUAGUCUAUUGGGAAGUGAAUUUAGUAUUGCUGUUUAAUCAGCUUUCGCAUCAUCCUUAGAAGAUAAUCCCCCACCUGAUCAGUGUAUCGCAGAUACAGCUUUCUCCUAGACCGGUGAAGUACCUACCCUUUGUGAUACUAAAACCUGGUUUUAUUAUUCUGAGCAUGCGCAUGUGGUAUACUUGAUACAAUAAAAGAUAACAAUACUAA